AUGGGGGCUGGUGGGGUCUUAAGAAAUGACCAAGGUAAAAUGAUCUUAGCUUUUGCUCUAGGCUUGGGUCACGAUACUAACAACCAAGCAAAACUUAUGGCCCUGCUUCACGGACUGAGGUUCUGCAGAAGACUUGAUCUAAGGAAAAUAGAAAUAGAGCUGGAUUCCCUUUUGGUUGUGCAAUGGCUGGAGAAGAAUAAGGUGGGGAUCUGGUACCUGGAGGACUUCUGGGAGGAGAUACAAGCCUUAAUCACAACCAUGCAGAUGGUCAUAAGGCAUGUGUACAGAGAGGGCAAUGCAACCGCCGACUUUCUUGCUCGCUGCUUGCCUCCGCAAUUAACAAAGUGGAUGUGUGUGGGUGACCUGCCUCAUCUUCUCAAAGGGAUCUUGAACAUAGAUAGACUAGGACUACCAUGUAUACGAACAUAG